AUGUUCUUCUCCGGCCUGCAGGCCAACCUCAAGGCCAUGGCAACCGGGGCCGCGGCUGACGUCGCCAAGGUGGAGGAAGCCAGCAAGAUGGAGCAAAUGGCGGUGUCGGCGCAAGCAAAGGACGCCGAGGUGCUCCGGUUCAUCGAGGAGAUGACCAGCGAUGUGGACUCCCUGCAGGAGCGAGUGUUGGCCGAGAUCCUCGCCCAGAACGCCGGCACGGAGUACCUGAGCAAGUGCGGCCGCCCCACGGACCGCGCUAUGUUUCGGGCCAAGGUGCCGGUGGUGUCGUACGAAGCUCUGAAGCCGUACAUCCAGCGCAUCGCCGACGGAUACCGGUCGCCAAUGCUGUCGACGCGCCCCGUCACCGACUUGGUGGCCAGCUCCGGCACGUCGGCCGGCGAGUGCAGGAUGCUUCCCAACAUUCAGGACGUGGGCGGCCGGCUCCGGCAUCUCGACAGCCUCCUUAUGCCAAUGAUGAACAUGCACCUCCCUGGUCUGGACAAGGGGAAGGCACUCUACUUCCUGUUCGUGAGGCCGGAGACCAAGACGGCGGGUGGCCUCACGGUGUGGCCCUUCCUGACGAGCAUCUACAAGAGCGAGGGCUUCAGGAACCGGCCGCACGACCCCUUGCGUGACUACACGAGCCCCACGGCGGCCAUCAUCUGCCCGGACACGUUCCAGAGCAUGUACGCGCAGAUGCUGUGCGGCCUGUGCCAGCGCCACCAGGUGCUGCGCAUCGGCGCCGUGUUCGCCACCGGCCUCCUUCGCGCCGUCCGCUUCCUCCAGCUCAACUGGGAGCAGCUCGCCGCCGACAUCGAGGCCGGCACGCUCAACCCACGUGUCGCGGAAGAGUCGGUGCGUGAGGCGGUAGCCGGCAUUCUUCGGCCGGAUCCUGAGCUCGCCCGCUCCGUCCGGGAAGAGUGCGGCAAGACCGAGUGGGCCGGCAUCCUCGGCCGCGUCUGGCCCAACACCAGGUACCUCGACGUCGUCAUCACCGGCACCAUGGCGCAGUACGUCCCCACCCUGAGACACUACAGCGGUGGCCUGCCCAUGGUGUCCCUCUCCUACGCGUCCUCCGAGUGCUACUUCGGCGUCAACCUCCGCCCGCUGUGCGACCCGUCGGAGGUGUCCUACACCAUCAUGCCCAACCUGGCCUACUUCGAGUUCCUCCCGGUAGACGGCGACGAGCAGGAGGAGGGCGACGAGGUCCCGGCGCUGGUGGAUCUUGCGAGGGUGGAGGCCGGCCGCGAGUACGAGAUCGUGAUCACCACCUUCGCGGGGCUGAACCGGUACCGCGUUGGCGACGUGCUGCGCGUGUCAGGGUUCCACAACAGCGCGCCGCAGUUCCAGUUCGUGCGCCGCGCCGGCGUGGUCUUGUCCGUGGACGUGGACAAGACGGACGAGGUGGAUCUGCAGCGCGCCGUGGAGCGGGCCUCGGCGCUGCUGCGGCCGCACGGCGCGUCCGUCGCGGAGUACACCAGCCGCACCUGCACCGAUCGCAUCCCAGGCCACUACGUCGUCUACUGGGAGCUGCUGCUGCUGGCUGGCGCCGUGGCGGUGGACAAGGAGGUCCUGGACGGCUGCUGCCUGGAGAUGGAGGAGGCCCUGAACACGGUGUACAGGCAGAGCCGGGUGGUGGACGGCUCCGUCGGGCCGCUCGAGAUCCGGGUCGUCCGGCCAGGCACCUUCGAAGGUCUCAUGGACUACACCAUCUCCCGCGGCGCCUCCAUCAACCAGUACAAGACGCCCCGCUGUGUCACCUUCCCGCCGGCUAUCAAGCUGCUCGACUCAUGUGCCGUGUCCAGCCACUUCAGCGCUGCCCUGCCCCGUUGGACCCCCGAGCAACGG